AUGUGACGUCAUCGGGACGGGACGCAGUUGUUUUGAACCCCGAAACCAAGCGCGUCGCUUUUCGUUCGAUUUUUGCACGAAAUUCCACAGGUGGUUCCGUGUCGUUCCGGGUUCCGGACAGUGUGGGUGCGCAAAAUGGCCCCGAAAAAUACCAGGAGUACGAUCGUCAACAAAGCUUCGCCGAAGGACAGUGCAGUCAGCGAUGAAUGUUGCGUGGUUCCGGGCUGUAAGGCCAUCUCCGAGCGGUCCCAGAUUGUGCUGUUUAGCAUGGCGUUUGGGGAUUUGAUCCACUGGUGGCGGAGCACGUCCUGGGUCACCAAGUUUCAAACGGAGCUGCCGGAGAAUGGCCGGAUCUGCGAGGUGCAUUUUGAGGAGCGGUUCAUCGACCGAACGAGGAAGAAACCGAGGCUGUACCCGGGAACGGUUCCAACGCUGCAGCUCGGAGUGAUGGAAUACCGGCAGGGUGUCGAGGAAAAGGACGACUUUGAAUCGAAGGACUACUUUUGCCGUUUCUGUGCCAAGAAGGAGGACAAACCGAUGAAGCACUCGCUGAGUCAGCUGAACAACAUGCCGGAGAUUGUGGCCUGCUGUAUGGGCACGCACCAGGAGCGGCCAGACCUGCCGAAUGGGGUGUGCAAUGAUUGCAUCGCGGUGAUGCUUCAGUUUCAGAAGUUUGUCAAGAAAUGUGACCUGGCGCAAAAGCGGCUGCUGAAGCUCGAAGAAGAGCUGCUGAGUACGGCCACGGCGGACAAGGAGAACGCCGACGAGAAUACUGAGCCUCAAUUUGAGCUGGUUGAUUUGUCUAUGGAGACGGAGGAAACGAUUCCACAGCAGGAAGACGUCGAAGUUGAACAGGAAAACGUCGAAAUUCUGCAGGAAGAAACGCUGAAGAAAAUCGAAAAGGUCAAGCAGCGAUGUCUCCGCUGUGACAAGGACUUCACCAGCCUGGUUCAGUACCGUAACCACAUGAAGACUGGCCACCGCGAGGAAGGCUACGAGUGUCAGAUCUGCAACAAAAAGUUCUCCGAACGAAGUCGCCUUCGGUUUCACCUGGAAAAGGUCCACGAGAACCGUCGCUUCAAGUGCCCCGAGUGCAAACCUCCGCGCUGGUUCAACUGGCAAUGCUCGCUCAACACCCACAUGAAGGUGCACCAGUACAAGUUCAACUGCGACGACUGCUGGAGAACCUUCCCGACCGACGAAAAGCUGCAGGAACAUCGCGUAACGCACGACGAUAAGAAGAACUUCAAGUGCCUCGAAUGUGGAACCAAGUUCAAGACAAAGUGGCGCAUGGAGGCACACAAGGAGCGCGUCCACAAGACGCUAUCGACGGUGAAAAAGUACGAGCACGUCGGCGCGUCCAAGGAGGACAUUACCGUGACUAAACGUGAAAUUGUCGUUGCCGCCGCUCCGGUCCUCGCCGACACAACCCAGAUUGACCUAGAUGAGGAGAAGAUCGAGUCCGUCCGUUCAGAAUGAUAUGUAUUUCCCUUAAAUAUUAAUAAACGAUUAUUUUUUUAAUAACAUAC